AUGGAUAUGCUUACGAUGAAGAAGCCAGAAAAAGAAGGCGGGAGGCAAACCACAUUCUCUAGUCGAAAACUAGGUUUAUUCAAAAAAGCAACAGAACUUUGUAUUUUAAGCAAUGCUCAAGCAGCUAUCACCGUGUCUUCUCCUGCUGGCAAACUAUUCAGCUUUGGUCAUCCAAACGCAGACACCAUCAUCGAUAACUACGUCAAUGGAACAAUGGAGUUUGAGGUUAAAAACUCAUCAGAGAAAUCGUAUUCCUUUGAAGAAUAUAAUAGACAAUACGAAGAAGCAUUGAAGAAGCUGGAAUUGGAAAAGAAGAAACUGGAAGAACUGAAAAUUUUUGAAGAUGUUUUGAAAUCAGAUGAUUGGUGGAAUGAUCCAAUUGAUGAUAUGAGUAGUGAAGAGCUUGAACAAUUUAUAGUUUGUUUAGAUGAAUUAAGGAUUAAGUUUGUGAAAAAGACUGAGGAACUUGCUAAGAUGCCCCCAAUGGUGUAG